AUGCUGCAGCUGCGGGACGCGGAGGACGGCAGCGGCCCGUCCGGGAGCCCCGGAAGCCCCGGUGCGGCGGAGCUGCUGGUGCCGGGGGGAGCCGGGCAGCCCCCGGAGCCGGUCCCGGUACCGCAGAGGCUGCAGCCGCUCCGGGUCCGCACCGCCACCCGCGCCGGCCGCCUCCGGGAGUACUUCGUGUUCCGGCCCGGUAGCAUCGAACGGGCCGUGAGCGAGAUCCGCGUCGUGGUGUCGCCGGCGGAGGACGGGGAGGUGCAGAGCGUCUGGCUGCUGGCAGAAAUUGACCACUGGAACAACGAGAAGGAGCGCCUGGUCCUCAUCACUGACUGGUCCCUGCUCAUCUGCAAGUACAACUUCAUCAGCCUGCAGUGCCAGCACGUCACCAGGAUCUCCCUCAGUGCAGUGGACACCAUCUCUGUAGGAGCCUUCGAGUUCCCACCCAAAUCUCUCAACAAGCGAGAAGGCCUUGGCAUCAGGGUGCAGUGGGACAAGCAGGGCCGUGGCUCCUUCCUCAACAGAUGGAACCCCUGGUCCACCAACAUCCCCUAUGUCACCUUCACCGAGCACCCCAUGGCAGAUGCUGAUGAGAAGAUUGUUUCCCUCUGCCUGCUGGAGAACUUCAAAACUCAGCUCAUCCAAGCUGUGAAGAAGGCCCACAAGGAGCGACCCCUGCCAGGCAGGGCGGGCGGGGUGCUGGUGCUGGAGUGUCCUCUGCUGAUUGAGACCUACCUGGGGCUGAUGUCCUUCAUCAACAACGAGGCCAAGCUUGGCUACUCCAUGACAAGAGGCAGAAUUGGGUUCUAGGAUCCAUGGCAUUUGGUGUUGCCAAGGGAAGGGAGCUGCUGCUCCUCUCCUGGGCAGAACGCAGCAGGGUGUGAGGGGUGGGGUGGUUGUGGAGCUGAUGUUCAGAGGAGGCCCUGGCUGCUGUGGUCAGGUUAGAUGACUCUGAAGCAGACACAGGGCAAUGUCCUUGCUGUAUUUUGUACCUAACCUGCAGCUCUCCCUGGUUCCUGUACAGGUAGCAGUGGUGUUCCCAGUUCUAAAGGUCCUCCCUCUCCAUUAAGUGCGAUUGGUCCCUGCUCCAAAGGCCCAGGACACAGCAGAACAUUCCUGCCCCCUCACAGCUGUGUCCCUGGCUGUGGUGUGCAGUCCUGUGUGUGCUUGGGAUGGAGCUGCAGUGCUCAAGGUGUUGGUGUUCAGUCACAGUGUCCUUUGAUGAAUGCCUGUGGCCAGCUGGGGAAGCUGGGCCCCUCCCUAGCCAAACAGCACAAGGUGGCAGAGCUGCACUGAGGGCUGCUCAGGAGCUCUGCACACAACAUAUUUGUAAACUGAAGUAUCUGAGUCUAAACUUCCUCAUUUCUUCUGUAGGGUCUCUUGCUGCAGCCUUAGAACAGACUCUUUGGAGACAGUAUUGCCAAAAGCCUCCCAAAUCUGCCUUCAAAGCUUCAUACACCUGGAGGGGAUUCUGGGCUGAUUCCUGUCCUUUCAUCUCCUCCACUUUGGGCAGCAGCAGUGCAGGGCUUUGAUCUGUCUCCAUUACAGCCUUUAAGCACAGGCUGCAAGGCCUGGUUUAGCCAUUCUUGUGCUUAACUCCAGCCCAAUGUGCAGAACUCAACUUCAGAAGCAGCAGCAGCAGCUCUAAAACCCCUCCUGAGGUUCCUCUGCGAAGCUCCUCCUCCACCGUGGCUUGGAGACCUCCUCCACCGUGGCUUGGAGACCUCCUCCACCGUGGCUUGGAGACCUCCUCCAC